UUAGCAUAGCUACAGAAGAACAAGUGCAGAAUAUCCAAAAUAAAAUUGGACACCAUAAUGGAAUCGCUGAAAAAUAUACAAGCGAGCAUUUCAAAUAACUUCGAGACGGCAAGACCUGAUGAUGAUAAAGCCGGCUCUGCAUGCUCCUUCUACAGAAACCGCAAUAUACCUCCAAAAUCGCAUAUUUGCGCAAUGAAUUUUACUGGUCCGUCUACUGGUAUGGAACAAGACAUUAUUUUAGAGGGGUUUUCUAAGAGUAUAGAACACCAUGGCGUUAUGUACAAAUAUUUAAUUGGUGAUGGAGAUUCAAGUGUAUAUGCGAGAGUAUUGGAAAAGGUUUCGUAUGGCCGGGAUGUUGUGAAAAUUGAAUGUGCCAAUUACAUUACUCGUGUGAGUGAUAAACUCCACAGAUUGUCUAAAAACACCCCUUUCAAUAUUUCUAACAGAAAAAUUUUAACUGAAAAAGAUGGCCCUAUUAGUAAUAUUGAAAGAUUUGUUAAGUCUGUUAGAACAAUGGUGAAGAAUAAUGUACAUGACACAGUCAUGUUCAGAAACGAUCUGAGAAAUGCUCCCUACCAUGUUUUUCGAAAUCACAGCAACUGCAGAGAUUCCUACUGUAAAAGGAAAAAUUCCGGGGACGAAGAUCAUACCAAAAAUAUGACUCCUGAUUUUUUCAUGGAAAUUUUGAAAACUGUAGAGUCCAUGGUACAUAAGGCCGAGAGAUUGAUUUAUAAGGAAACUACGAAUCAAGCGGAAAGGUAAGAGUAGCCCAAUUCUGAGUUUAUUUUUAAUCGUGCUAUCAAUUUAUUUAUAAUUGAAACCUAUUUUUCUCGGGUAUAUGGCUCUUGUUGCAAAAUGUACUGGAGGUAAGAGGGUGAAUUUUAGUGGGUCCGUUUCAUACACAGUUCGGGCUUACGGAGCAGCCCUUUCCCAUGCUGCUGGUCCUGCCUGGCACCUACACACUUGGAGAGGUCCUUUAGGGGUAAACACCGAAAAAACUUUCCUUAGGAGGAGGAAAAUUCAUGAAAGGAUAAGAGAGAAAUUAUUGACCUCCUCAAGACAGAGGAAAACUCUCCCAAUCGCCCCGAUUAUUUCAAUUACGGACCACAUGCUGCCCAACCUGACAUCACUGAGGAAGAAAUGUCCUCCAAGAAGUCAGAAUUUUUAGAUAUUCUUAGAAAUAGAAUACCUGACUCG